AUGUUUGGUAAUAAUUCCUCAGGAAAUCAAACCCCGUCAUUUGGUGCUGGUUCUGGCUCUGCAUUUGGCUCAUCAAAUACUGGAGAUAAAGACAAUAGCAACACUAAUCAAAACAACAAUACUACUGAUUCACAACCUAAACCAUUCGGAUUUGGUCAAUCAAGCAACACAGGUUCAACUAGUGCAUUUGGUUCAAACAAUGCUUCAACUUCAAACGCGUUUGGUUCAGGUAAUUCAUCAACCAAUGUAUUUGGAUCAAACAAUAAUAAUUCAACCAAUGCAUUUGGACUGACUUCAAAACCGAAUUCAUUUCCAUUUGGUUCAUCAACAACUCAACAAUCACAACCAUCACCAUUUGGAGCAUCUAGUACAUCUGCAUUUGGAUCAACGAAUUCUUCACAAACUCCAUUUGGACAACCUCAAAAUACUGCAACUAAUACAAGUGCAUUCUCAGUAGGAAGUAAUGAUAAAAAAGAUGGAUCUACUACACCACAACCUGGUACCACAUCAAACACAGGUAGUGGAGGUUUUGGUACGAAUCAAACAAAUAAUUCUGGCUUUGGUGGAUUUGGUCAAUCAACUGGAAGUAAUGCAUUUGGUAAUGCAUUUGGAGCAAAAAAAGAUGAAGAAAAAACUAAAUCUUCAACCAAUGUAUUUGGAUCAACAACUAAUUCUACUAAUAAUAGUGUAUUUAAUUUAGGGAAUAAAGAAUCAACAACCACACAACCAGCAUUUGGUGCUGCCGCAACAACAAAUGAACAACAAAAAUUAGGUUCAGGAUUUUUAGGUGGUAAUGCUAAUGCGAAUUCUGCUGCAAAUUCAGAAUCACCGAUGUCAUUAGCUGGAACAGCUUCUCCGCAACCUCAAUCAACUACUGGUGGUAUAUUUGGUGCAAAGAAGGAUGAUGAUAAGUCUUCAAGUGGUGGACUUUUUGGAACUAAAAGAGAUGAUGAUAAACCUGCAGGUGGUCUUUUUGGAGCUAAAAAAGAUGAUGAUAAGGCUUCAAGUAGUCCAUUCGGUGCAAAAAAAGAUGGUGAAUCAACAACUGGAUUUUUUGGUGCAAAGAAAGAUGAUGAUAAAGAAAAAUCAUCUACUCCAUUUUCUUUUGGAGGAAAUAAUGAUGAUAAGACCAAAUCUGCUUCCGGAUUUUCAAUAGCUCCUAAGAAUGAUGAUAAGGAUAAACCAGCUGGUGGAUUCUCUUUUGGAGCUAAGAAUGAUGACAAAGAUAAACCAGCUGGAGGUUUUUCAUUUGGUGCUAAGAAAGAUGACGAUAAACCAACAGAUGGAAUUUCAUUUGGUACCAAAAAUGAUGAUGGAGCUAAAAAAGACGAUGAUAAGGACAAACCGGCCUUUUCAUUUGGUGCUAAAAAGGAUGAUGAUAAACCGGCAGGGGGGUUUUCUUUCGGUGCUAAAAAAGAUGAUGAUAAACCAGCUGGAGGUUUUUCCUUCGGAGCUAAAAAAGAUGAUGAUAAACCAGCUGGAGGAUUCUCAUUUGGUGCUAAAAAAGACGAUGAUAAACCAGCCGGUGGAUUCUCUUUUGCAGCUAAGAAAGAUGAUGACAAACCAUCAGGUGGUUUCUCUUUCGGAGCUAAAAAAGAUGAUGAAAAAUCUGGAGAUUCUUCAACUGAUAAAAAAGAUUCAACUAAUGAUAAAGCAACCCCUGCAACAUCAAAUUCAACAUCAACUCCAUCAAACACAAUUAAUCCAACAGCUCAACCAAAUUUAAAACCAACUAAAAUUGAACCUAUUCAAAUAUCAAUUGAUAAUAAAAAUAUGGAUGAUUUAAUAACAAAAUGGUCAAAACAAUUAAAUUUAACAACAAAAUUAUUUGAUGAAUAUACAGAAAAAGUUAAAAAAUGGGAUUUACAAUUAAUUGAAAGUGGUGAUGCAAUAACAAAAUUAAAUCAAGAAUCAAUAGAAGUUGAAGCACUAGAAUCUAAAAUUGAUCAACAAUUAUUAUUUGUUGAAAAUCAACAAGAUGAAUUAGAAAAAGUUUUGGAUAAUUAUGAACAACAAACCGAUAUAUUGAUUAAUAAUAUUGAUAUAAAUAAUAACUCAAAUAUUAAUGCUAUAACAAAUGCUAAUAACACAUCAAUUCCAGGUUCAACUUCAUCAAUUUUAUCAAAACCAAAUACAUCAACCACAUUAGUUAAAGAUGAACAACCACAAACUAACUACCAAAUAAAUUCAAAUUUAAGUUUAACAGAUAAAUUAAGAGAAAAAGCUUAUUAUAAUGCAGAAUUAUUAGAUGAAAGAUUAGAUGGAUUAGGAGAAAAUUUAAAUACAUUAAUAAAUGAAAUUAAUUCAAUAAGUGAUAUUUUUAAUAAAAAUUUAAUUAAAAAUUUAAAUCAAAUAGAUGAUGGUGAAGAUAAAACUCAAUCAAAAGAUUUAAAAACAAAUAAUAAUUCAAUUGAAGAAAUUAUUCAAUUAUUAAAUUUACAUUUAGAAAAUUUAAAAUAUAUUGAGGAUAAAGAAAACUUAUUGAAAAAGAAGUUGGAGAUUCUUCAAAAAUAA